GGUGGCCUUAAACUGGUUUUGCUGCCGGCCGGUUAGUAUAUACCUUCGAGCUUCAAUCAAUCCGAUCAGUUGAUUGUUCUCAAUUGUGCGCCAAUUGAGCGUUAAAUUUUAGUUGUGCAGAUACAAACAUUCCAGUUCAUAUCGUCAAACUUACAUCUUGGAGCAGCAAAAAACGAUGCCAGUUGACUAUCCGCGAAAUUGAUAAGGCGCAUGCGUUUCAAUUACAUUUCGUCCUGAAAUAGAUUCGUGUUCGUUCAUUUCAGUGUAAAAUACGCAUGAGGCAAUUGUUGGCGUGAUUUCGUGUCUUGUAAAUCGAAAACAUUGUAUGAGGACAGUAAUUCUUCUCGGUAGUUACAAUGCCGCAAUCCGAAGAUGACAUUGAUCUUGAUGGAGUGCUGAGCCAAAUAGGCCAAUUCGGUCGGUUCCAAAUUCGGCAAUACGCAUUUAUGGUUAUACCGAUAAUUUUUAAUGCCUUCUUUACUCUGAGUUACGUGUUUACAGCGGGUAAUUUGAACUAUCGAUGUCAAGUUCCUAAUUGUGACAACGCACCCAUCAGCUUUCAUCCAGGAUGGCUCAACAACUCUACACCAUUUAAAAAUGGUGAACCUGCGCAAUGUGAACGAUAUCUCCAGAUUAGAAAUACGAGCUUAGACAAUUCAUACUGUGAUGCCGAUGCCUUUGAUAGAAGUAAUGUAAUCAGAUGCGACGAUUUUAUAUACGAGGACGAUGAAAUAACAAUAGUAAAGGAUUUUAAUAUAAACUGUCCAGAAAAUGAUUGGAAGCUGACACUUGUCGGAACGGUCAACAACAUAGGCCAAUUUGUAGCACUUCCCAUUGCAGGAUACUUAUCGGAUCGUUUCGGACGCCGCCUAGUUUUGUUGCUAAGUGUCGCCGGUAGUGCCGUGUUUGGUGUAAUCCGUUCCUAUGCCACAAGCUACGAAUGGUUUUUGGUCAUGGAAUUUCUUGACCCAGCAAUCGGAUCAACUAUGUACACAACAGCCUUCAUUCUAGCAUUAGAGCUAGUCGGUCCAAAAAUGCGAGUAACCGGGAACAACGUAAUCUCCUGUGCCUUUUCAUUCGGUGAAGCCAGUCUCGGUUUGCUGGCGAUGUUCUUCCGAAACUGGCGAACGCUGCUGAAAGUACUCUAUAUACCGGGAAUUGUUUCCUUACCACUUUUAUGGAUGACAUCGGAGAGCGUUCGUUGGCUUCUAUCCAAGGGAGAACGAGUUAAAGCCAUCAACAUUCUUAAGAAAGCUGCUAAAACGAAUGGAAAGAUUUUAUCAUCCUCGACGCUUGAAAACUUCUAUCCGACCAAUGACAGUGAAGACACUUCGGAACUAGAGGAAAAAGCUGGCUUCUUUAGAUUGCUAGGCGAUGCUUUUAGGAAUCCUGGUCUAUUACUAAGGGUUGCCAAUUGCUCUUUCUGCUGGCUAACAAAUGUGCUCGUUUAUUACGGACUCAGUCUAAACUCUGUGUCAUUAGCCGGCGAUAAAUAUCUAAACUUUAUUUUGGUGUCACUGAUAGAGCUUCCAGGAUUUCUCAUCAUGCAAUUGAUAUUGGAUCGAGUUGGCCGCCGGAUAACUCUUUGCACCACGAUGCUGCUGUGCGGUUUAUUCUGUUUCCUUUCGGAGUUCAUUCCAACAGGUAAUGCCUGGCUAAGCCUUAUUUUGUUUCUGGUAAGCAAAAUGACGAUUACCAUGUCAUUCGGUACUCUGUACAUCUACACGGUUGAGAUUUUUCCGACAAACCUACGUCAAAGUUUACUAUCCGUUUGCUCAAUGUUUGGACGUAUCGGAUCAAUGAUUGCACCACAAACACCUCUGCUAGCUAAAGUAUGGACUCCAUUGCCAAUGGUUAUUUUUGGUACGAUUGGCAUUACAUCCGGCUUAGCCAUAUUACAGUUUCCCGAAACGCUCAAUACUCAGCUGCCUAAUACUGUACAAGAGGCUAUGAACAUCAAUACGGAAGAGAAAAACAAUAGAAGUGUAAAUAAAUUUUCCUAG